UCUGAAAUUUAGCGUGGACCUCGAGGUCCUUCGAUGCAAAAACGUAUUCCUGACGCCAUCUGCAAGUCUCAAAUAUGAAUAAAAUUCUCAGCUAAAACCAAAUUUCUAGGGUUUACUCCGCAAAACCCUCGGCAAGAGAGGAGGAGCAAGGUCUCCCCAAUUUGUCUCUUUGAUUCAAACUCUUCCUGUUUUGCUGGUUCAAAUGAUCUGAAGAGGCAUCUGUUUGUAGAAAAAGAGAAGAAAAAAGCUGGUGGAGUUUGAUGGCAGUUCCCUCAGUGGAUUCACUAGGAGAAGCUGAAGCUGAAAGGCAUCCUUUGAUAAUGGCGCAGUCACUAGAUCAUGUAAUUGAUAUCACAAGUAUGGAUUUCGCUUCAUCAUCAACAUCCUGUGGAGAUGGUCCUGGUAACUCGGAUGGCUUGCAUCAUCAAGAUAGGUCUUCAGCAAGUGCACAAACUCUAGGUCCUCAAUCAUCUUUAUCCUUGCCCACGGUGCAAAACUCUAGAAAUAUUCCUGUUAUGAGGAGAAAUGAUAAUUAUGGGCGCCGUCGUAGAAGCCCCAUGAAUUCUGGUUUUUGGAUUUCAGUAGAACUUAUUGCUAGUUUGAGCCAGAUCACAGCUGCUAUUAUAGUUCUGUUAUUAUCAAGACAUGAGCAUCCACGAUCUCCAUUAUUUGAAUGGAUCAUAGGUUAUGCCGCUGGCUUAGCUGCUACGUUACCUCAUCUCUAUUGGCGCUACAUUUAUCACAAUAGUCGGGGCGGCCCUAGGCAGAAUGCUUCACAAUUACGUUGGUAUUCAUCUCAAAAUAACUCUACUGAGUCUCAUGCUGACAAUGCGGUUAAUGCUACACAAGGACUAGGAGCAGAACAACAUUGGAAUCUUGCAGGCUUAUGUUUCGGACGAAAUUUAGUUGCUUCUAAUCCGAGGCUAAUUUCUUUCAUGGAUCACUUCAAGAUGGCUUUGGAUUGCUGCUUUGCUGUGUGGUUUGUUGUUGGGAAUGUGUGGGUAUUUGGCGGGCACUCCUCUGCUGCAGAUGCUCCCAACUUGUACAGGUUAUGCAUAGUGUUCCUUGCCUUCAGCUGUAUUGGUUAUGCCCUGCCUUUUAUUCUGUGUGCGACAAUCUGCUGCUGCCUGCCGUGCAUUAUUUCAUUCUUAGGCAUUAGAGAGGACAUGCCCAACAAUAGAGGAGCAACCGCUGAUGUCAUCAAUGACUUGCCAUGUUACAAGUUCAAAUAUAAGAGAGGCCAAAAUGGUGAUGAUAGUGAGAUCAGCUCAGAAAACAUGGAUGAGGUAGGGAUCCUGGCUGCUGGUACUGACAAGGAGCGUCUUAUUUCUGCUGAAGAUACUGUUUGCUCUAUCUGCCUUACAAAGUUCACAGAUGGAAUUGAGCUCCGAGAGCUGCCAUGCUCCCACUUCUUCCACAUGGAAUGCAUAGAUAAAUGGCUUAAGCUAAAUGCUUUAUGCCCUCUUUGUAAGUCUGAAGUUGGAGGAUCCACAGCUGCAUUUUCCAGUGCAAAUUCAACCAGUCACCAAAAUGAGCAGAGGGUAGGAAGCAGUGCAGACCAUCUAUAGCCAGAGUAAAUGCAGCUGGUGUAUGGUUUUUAUUGGAUCCCAGUCAAAAUUUUGAAGCAUAUUGUGAUCCGGAUGUCACCCUUGUCAUAUGCAAUUGGUGUUUAUCUACAUGAGUGCUAGUGUGCUGGCAAGGACCAGAAGCAUAGGUAUAAAAUGGGCCCUUUUUUCUUGUACAGGAUGAACAUAUGGUCAGUACAUUACUGAAUGGAAAAGUUUAAUGGUUGACAUUUAUAGGCCAAACACAAGAAAGCACAUAAAGCUUUUUGUAUGGUUGUAUUGGUUGAUCAAUCAGAAUAUUUUUAGUAUUUACUUUUGUAUGGUUGUAUUGGUUGAUCAAUCAGAAUGUACUGUUGUAUUUGAGAAUAAUAAGCGGCAGUCGAAAGCCAAGUUAAUGGAGCUCCGGACCCUGUCUGUUUGCUGGAGAUCCAUUGAGUUUUUGA